GAACAAGAAAGCACCAUGUCUUCAGUCUCAGCUUAUUACAAUGGAAAGACCGUACUUAUCACAGGAGCUACAGGUUUCGUGGGCAAAGUACUGGUGGAAAAGCUUCUGCGCUCCAGCCCUGACGUAAAAGCAGUUUAUAUACUUGUCAGGCCAAAGGCUGGACAAUCAAUGCAAGAGAGAGUGGCCAACAUGUUGAAAUGCAAGGUCUUUGACAGGGUCCGAGAAGAUUGCCCUAAUUUCCACGAGAAGAUUAAGCCUAUUAAUGCUGAACUCACUCAGCCCAAGCUGGCCAUCAGUGCUGAAGAUGAGGAGGAGCUUCUGACCCGGGUCAAUAUUGUCUUCCACUGUGCAGCAACGGUUCGCUUUGAUGAACCCCUGAAACAUGCCCUGCAACUGAAUGCAAUGGGCACGCAGCGGCUCCUAGAGCUGGCCCGGCAGAUGCAGAACCUCGAGGCCUUCAUCCACAUCUCCACUGCCUAUGCAAACUGUGUCCGGAAGUCCAUAGACGAAGUCAUCUACCCACCCCCAGCUGAACCCAAGAAGCUCUUCGAUUUAGUUGAGUGGCUGGAUGAAUCUAUCAUUCAAGACAUCACACCCAAGCUGCUUGGGGACUGGCCCAACACUUACACCUACACCAAAGCCUUGUCAGAAUACCUGAUUCAGCAAGAGAAAGGAAACUUGAACAUUGCUAUCAUCAGGCCAUCCAUCGUGGGAGCUAGCUGGCAUGAGCCUUUCCCAGGUUGGAUUGACAACUUCAAUGGAACAAGUGGAAUACUUAUUGCGGCAGGCAAGGGGAUUCUGCGGACCGCCAUCGCCAACAAUGAAGCGGUGGCAGAUAUGAUUCCGGUAGACGUGGCCAUCAACUUCACCCUUGCGGCCGGGUGGUACACUGCUGUGCACAGACCAAAAAACAUGUUGGUGUACAACUGCACAACAGGUGGAAUCAACCCUUUCUUCUGGGGAGAAAUGGAGCAGUAUGUCAUGUCCACGUUCAAAAGGAACCCGCUGGAGCAGGCCUUCCGAACACCCAACGCUCACUUGACAUCCAACUACUUGAUAAACCAGUACUGGAUAACUGUCAGUCACAAGGCACCAGCCAUACUCUACGACCUGUACAUGAGGCUCACAGGGAGAAAGCCCAGAAUGAUGAAGAUUAUCAAUCGACUGCACAAGUCUAUGAUGCUCCUGCAGUAUUUCUCCACCCAGUCCUGGGAUUGGUCUUCAGAUAAUAUGAAUAUGUUAAUGAGUCACCUUAACACAGAGGACAAAAAGUUAUACAACUUUGAUGUUCGUCAGCUGCACUGGUCAGAAUACAUUGAAAGCUACUGCCUAGGCGCUAAGAAGUACUUGCUGAAUGAGGACAUGGCUGGCAUUCCAGCAGCAAAGCAGCACUUACGAAAGCUGAGGAACAUCCGAUAUGCAUUCAACACCACCCUCCUUGUGAUCAUCUGGCGCAUUUUCAUUGCAAGGUCACAGAUGGCUCGAAACAUCUGGUACUUUGUGGUGAGCCUCUGCUACAAGUUCCUUUCCUACUUCAGGGCAUCCAGCACCCUCAGGCACUGA